UUCUUCUUCAAAUCCCCGAAUUUGAUUCCAUAGCCGCGGCAGCAAAUCCCUCCAUGGAAUCGGUGGCGGCGGGUGCCUCCGUCGCCGGAUACCAUUCGGUCGAAUCCUCUCCCCGCUCUCGCGCCGGCGACUCGUGGGACGAUCCCGCCACCUCUGCGCGCUUCCGCGUCAUGUGCAGCUACGGCGGUCAAAUCCUCCCCCGCCUCGCCGACAAAUCUCUCUGCUACAUCGGCGGCGAGACUCGCAUGGUCUCCAUCGACCGCUACGCCUCCCUUGCCCACCUCUCCGCCAAGCUCUCCCGCGACCUCGUCGGCGGCGCAACCUUCGCUCUCAAGUACCAGCUCCCCAACGAGGACCUCGAUUCGCUGAUCUCCGUCUCGACUGAUGAGGAUCUCGAGAACAUGAUCGACGAGCUCGAUCGCAUCUCCGCCUCCCCGGCUUCUUCUUCCAGCGGAGGUGGCUCGACGCGCUCCGCCCGCCUUCGUGUGUUUCUUUUCCCGUCGAAGCCGGAUUCGGCGCCCAUCGGGCCGCCAAUCGAUGGAUCCAAGUCGGAGACUUGGUUCGUCGACUCCCUCAACAACGCGACGGGCGGCCUGGGCGUGGAUGACAUCCCCCGACUCCUUGCCCUAGACGAUGAGGAUUCCUCCAUCAACUCGCUCCGCCGCAGCGACGGCGACCGCGACGGCCGACAGCUGGAACCUGAGCGGCCCGUCCUCCCCCGUCCCGACUCCUUCGGCAAGAUCAGACGCCAUGGCCAGGAGAGCCAAUCCGUCCCCAAUUCACCAAUGCUCGAUAAGGCUUCUUCCUUCGGAUCCACCUCCUCCGCUCCAUCUCUCUCCAAUCUCCCACCCAUCCCCAUUCCCACAAUCGACCACAUCGCCGAUCGCCGUCUUGAUCCUCUCCCGGUCGCCAUUUCUUCAUCUCUCAUGAGGACCUCCGACGGCAACAACUCCGAUCUCGGCGGAUUCCGAAAUCCAAAGCAGCCUCCAAACGCUACUCAAAGCAACACCAUCACCUCUGAUCCAGCAUCAAGAUCCAUCCACUCGAUGCAAAACUCCGAUCCAAAGAUACCUUCUGACCAAGUAGUUUAUGUAAUACCUGCGAUUCAACCGGAGCAACAAUCUAAUCUCCAUCUCCAUCAACAGCAGCUACAGUUCAUACCGGCCAAUCCCCAUUAUCUACACCAGCCAGCACCUGGUUCUGUUCUCCCCGUGCCUUCCUAUUACCCGAUCGCCGGUCAUUCGCUGCAGCAAAUGCCGCAAGCUCGCCCACUCAACCACCCAAUUCCGGUGUUCUAUGUGCCUGUCCAUCAUACCUCACCUUACAAUUGGGCACCAGUUCAGCCCGACUUGAAUGAUCCAAGUUCUUCACCAUCUUCGGCGACAUUAUCAGCUGCGCCUUCUUCAUCGCAACCUCAAUUGAUCCAUGUCGCAGCCAAUCAAAGCCCCCAUCCUUACGGAGGAGCAGGGUUUCAUGUUAUGCAGCAUCCACACCUGUCUCAGCCCCCUGCAACAAUGGCCAACUAUCCUUAUCAGCAGAUGCACUACUCUCAGGCCACUUCCCAGCCGGUGUUGCUCCGGCAACAUCAGGGGGUUGGUUCUGCGUCUCUAGUUCCCGAAGUAGCGGCUACUCCCGGAGAUGGCAGCGCCUCCGGAGCACCAUGAUCACUGUCAUUUGGCUUGUAGAGGAUCUGGAGGAAGGUAUGAACUUAAGAACUUUAUUAGGCAGUCUCAUUGCUUACUGGUACUUCAUGGCCUUGUCAUUAGUGCAAAACUGGCAUGUUAAUACACUGUAUUAUUAGAAUAAACUUGUCAAUACUUGGUGAUUGUAUUAAUUUGCCAGUUCUUGAUGAAAAAUCUUGUUUACUUGUCUUGAGAGACAAGGGCUUUCCGGUCCA